UCCACGGCAAACUCAACUUGGAAUGAGAAGGAACGGGCCGCCCAGCCAAAUUGUGCAUCGUGAUGUAAAGGGGAGGCGAGGGGGGAGAAAAAAUGGAGGGGACGGCGGCGGAGGGUCAGGCCAAUCCCCAGAAGCGGGUGAGGUUCCGGGUGGCUUCGGGGAGCAGCGGUCGCGUGCUGAAAGAGAUGUUCAAAAAUGAGGGGCCCAGCGACUCGCUCGACUCGGACUGCACCAGCAGCUCGGCGGCCAGCGGGGACGGACCCCCCUACGGGGGGUACCUGGGAUCCGAGCUGGAUGACAGCGAGAGCGAACCUGACGAGCUGUUGGUGUAUGCUGCUGGCGCCGCCAAGGACCGGACGUUCACCUCCAAAAGGGUCAAUAUACUCAGCAAGAAUGGCACUGUGAGGGGGGUCAAGCACAAAGUGAGCGCAGGCCAGGCGCUCUUUGAAAACCUCCCACAUUGCAACAAUGUGCAGUUAUUGCUGGAAUUCGGUCGGAUGGUCAUCUACACCACCAGCUUCCGUGUGGUGAGGACCACCUUCGAGCGCUGCGAGCUGGUACGCAAGAUCUUCCAGAACCACAGGCUCAAGUUCAUGGAGAAAAACAUCGCUCUGGACAGCGAGUACGGCAAGGAGCUGGAGGAGCGCUGCAAGCGGGUGGGAGAGCCUCCGUCGCUGCCUGUCGUCUUCGUAGACGGACACUACCUCGGGGGUGCUGAGAAGAUACUGAACAUGAACGAAUCCGGAGAACUGCAAGAUCUUCUAACAAAAAUUGAGCGGGUGCAGCACCCUGAGACGUGCCAGAGCUGCGGGGGCUUCGCCUUCGUCCCUUGCCCAACGUGCCAUGGCAGCAAGAUGUCUGUGUUCCGCAACUGCUUCACGGACUCCUUCAAAGCCCUCAAGUGCACUUCCUGUAACGAGAAUGGACUGCGGCCUUGCGGGAGCUGCAGCCAGUGAGCAUGUCAAGUGCCUGAACACAUCUCUUCUCUUCCAGGGACUUCCACCGCAAAAAAAUGACUCUUCCCUGCUCUAUUGCCAUUGUGAUUAAAAAAAAAUUGUAAUAAAACGUACGUUUUGUGCAUUUGGUCAAUACGUGAUUGACAUGACUGAGAAAGAAACAAGAAGCUCCUGUUACUAAUUUAUUGUAGAAAUCACAUCACAUCACUGCAUAUUCAUACAGAAACUCCCACAUAGCAUAAAAAAAUCUCCCCUAUUGGCUGUGAGUAGUACGGGGAUGACAUCAGAGCAAUCUGGUUGGAUGCUGAGUAAAGUGCUUUGAGGCUAAAAAGCAAAUAUGUGUCUCUCAGCAAAUACAUGUAAAUGAUAAAAAAAAAAAAAAUGAACAUCACGAGUGUGAAUGCUUGUGUCUCAUCAUUCAACAAAAAAAAAAAGUGCAUUUCAAUAUGUGCAAUCACCUUAGUGUGAUUGGUUGUCUCAGCAGCGAACCGGUAUUUGUUUUGACAUGCAAUCCUGUUAGUGUGAAUGCAUGUCUCUCAGCAAUCAUCGAUUAAAUGUUUUUUUUUUUUUUUUUUUUAGACACACAAUCGGAUUUGUGUCAGUGCUCGUCACUCAGCAAUUUACAGAACAGGAAAAAUUGCCUUUGGAGCACUGCAGCAUGAUUGUAGAUGCUUUUCUUUUUUUUCUAAAAACAAAAUGGCAGUCAUGAAAAUGCUAAUCUCUCACCAUUCAGAGAAUAUUAAACAAAUUUG